UUCCAGCUAGUUAGUCGCUCGCGAUAGGUGCGAUUGCAAAGAUGGCUUUUCUAACCAGCUAUUGGCUACAAGUGGUGCUCUCAUGGGCGGUGGUGGCCUUUGCCACUGCCACCGUAGUGGUGGCGGUGCAGAAUGCCAAACUAGAGCAGGAUCUGCGUGAUGUCCAGGAUAAGAUAGAUAUUUUCGAGAACCUAAGUCGUGGCGAUCAGAGUCGGGUUAGGCGGGAAGAUACCAUUGAUUACCGUCUACCCACGUCUGCGGUGCCAACGCACUACGAUGUUUACUGGCAUCCUGAUCUGGAAACAGGCAACUUCACCGGUCAAGAGAAGAUUAGCAUCAAGGUGGUGUCAGCCACCAGCCAAAUUAUUCUCCACUCCCACCUGCUGGAAAUCACAAGUGUCUUUACCUACACCUCCAACCUGCAAGUCGAGAGCUACGAGUUGGAGGAGGAGCGCCAGUUCUUGAUCGUAAACUUGUCGUCGGAGCUAGCAGAGAAUGCCACCUUCACGCUGGGCAUUUUGUUCAAUGGCCAGAUGAAGGACAAGCUGGUGGGUCUGUAUAGCAGCACCUACCAAAACGAAGCCGGAAAUCAAAGGACUAUUUCAACCACAAAAUUCGAACCCACCUAUGCCCGCCAGGCCUUUCCCUGCUUCGAUGAGCCGGCUCUCAAGGCCACAUUCGUCAUCACGGUGGUGCAUCCCACUGGCUCCUACCACGCUGUAUCCAACAUGCAGGAAUCGCAAGCCACAAACCUGGGAGAGUACACGGAGACCCUGUUCGAGACCAGUGUUUCGAUGAGCACCUACCUGGUGUGCAUCAUUGUGUCUGACUUUGCUUCCAAGUCCACCACUGUUAAUGCCAAUGGCAUUGGCGAUGACUUCACCAUGGAGGCCUAUGCCACAUCCCACCAAAUCGACAAAGUGGAUUUCGCCUUGGAGUUUGGAGCAGCUGUGACGGAGUACUACAUCCAGUACUACAAUGUGCCCUAUCCCUUGCCGAAAUUGGACAUGGCUGCCAUUCCUGAUUUCUCCUCAAAUGCCAUGGAGCAUUGGGGCUUGGUUACCUACAGGGAGACAGCUCUGCUCUGUGACUCAAGCUCUAGCUCCACUGCCAACAAGCAGUCCAUUGCAGCCGUUUUGGCCCACGAGAUUGCCCAUCAGUGGUUUGGAAACUUGGUCACAAUGCAAUGGUGGAAUGACAUUUGGCUAAAUGAAGGCUUCGCCCGUUUCAUGCAAUACAAGGGAGUCGAUUCCGUGCAUUCCAACUGGGGAAUGUUGGAGCAAUUCCAGAUACUUGCCCUCCAUCCAGUGAUGGUGUACGACGCCAAGCUCUCCUCCCAUCCCAUUGUCCAGAAGGUAGAGACUCCCGAUGAGAUCACCGCCAUUUUCGACACUAUUAGCUAUGAAAAGGGCGGCUCAGUGAUCAGAAUGCUGGAGCAUCUGGUCGGUUCUGAGAAGUUCGAGGAGGCGGUUACCAACUAUUUGUCGAAAUACCAAUUUGCCAACACCGUGACAGAUGACUUUCUCUCCGAGGUGGCCGCCGUUGUCACCGAUUUUGAUGUCAAGUUGCUGAUGCGAACGUGGACCGAACAGAUGGGCUAUCCGGUACUGAAUGUUUCGAAGACAGACACUGGCUUCCUGGUUACCCAGCAGCGUUUCCUCUCCAACCCGGCCAGUUAUGCAGAGGCCCCCAACGACAGCGAGUUCCAAUACAAAUGGAGUGUGCCGAUCACCUACUCGUUGGGUUCCUCAUCUGAAGAGACCUCCGGAAUCUUUUAUUACGAUCAAGAGUCAUAUUCCAUUUCUGCCGAUAACACUCAGUGGAUCAAGCUGAACUAUCACCAAUAUGUCAUGGCUGUAUUCAACUACGAGGAGGAGCUCUGGAACCGUCUUAUCCAGCAGUUGACCUCGAGCCAAAGUAGCCUCGGUGUGGCCGACCGUGCCCAUCUGCUCCAUGACGCAUUUGCUUUGGCGGACGCCAAUCAACUAUCAUACAGGAUUCCCCUGGAGAUGACCGGGUAUUUGGGCACGGAGCGCGAUUUUGUGCCAUGGUAUGUGGCCGCCAACAAGUUGAUCUCCUUACAUCGCAGCCUUAUGUACAGCGAUGGCUAUGUUACCUUCCUAACCUAUGCCAGGAGCAUUCUUAAUGGGGUGUACAACGAUGUUGGUUGGUCUGUGGAUGCCGACAACCACUUGAGAAAUCGCUUGAGGGUUUCGGUCUUGUCCGCUGCCUGUGCCCUGGGUCUUCCCGAUUGUUUGCAACAAGCUGCCCAGCGUUUCAACUCCUUCUUGGAGAAUCCCACAGCCAAUCGACCCUCGCCUGAUCUUCGGGUGAUCGUCUACUACUACGGAAUUCAGCAGUCAACCAGCCAAUCAACCUGGGAGCAACUCUUCACUCUCUUCACGGAGGAAGCUGAUGCCAGUGAAAAGUCGAAACUGAUGGAAGGGUUGGCGGCUGCUCAGGACCCGCAGUGGCUCUUUGAAUACCUUAAACGAGCUGAAAAUGAGUCAAUUGUUCGCUCCCAGGAUUAUUUCACUUGCGUGCAGGCAAUAGCCGCCAAUCCUGUAGGAGAGCCUGUGGUCUGGGAAUAUUACCGGGAGCAGUUUGCUCAACUCACGGCCAGAUUUGGUCUUAACAACCGCAACUUUGGCCGACUGAUCGCGCAAAUUACAAAGAACUUUGCCAGCACCAUAAAGUUGGAAGAGGUGCAGUACUUCUUUGAAAAAUACCCGGAAUCCGGAGCCGGCGCCAAUUCCCGUUUGGAGGCCGUGGAGACGAUCAAGUACAACAUUGCGUGGCUGGCCAGUAACCGCGAUGACAUCAACAACUGGCUUAAUGGAACGGGCUAGCUCUUGACCAAGAAAAACCAAUUGUAAAAAUAUAUUGUAUAUCAAAUAAAAACACCCCAAUUAACUGUUAACUAGAAUUGCAUAAGAAACGACAACAUUUCCGUUCAAGUUCAAUAAAAUGAAAUUCCAAAAUUAAACCAUAAA